CGGUGCUUUUGUAUGUGUUCCUCUUGUACGUCAGAAGAUAACCUCGCCCUUCUCACUAGGGUGUAUCCGCCCUGGAGGAGGAGACACUCUAGCUGCCAAUAUAAACUGCUGCUGCGAGAGAAGCAGGUUGGCAUUUUGAUUCUGAGGAUUCUGAUGUGACUCUGAAGUUUCCUUGCUGCGUUGGUAAUAUUGCAAUGACAUCUUGGCAUUAAUCAUUUGAUCAUUAAUUUCAAGAGUCCUGGUGACCAUAUGCUGAUCCUACAAAAUCUCAGAAACAAUGGCAGACACUGUUUCAGAAAUAAUGGAAAACAAAAAUAAGGUGUUCAAUGAUCCCAUCCAUGGCAAUAUCGAGCUGCACCCAAUCCUUGUCAAGAUCAUCGAUACGCCUCAGUUUCAGCGACUUCGAAACAUCAAGCAGCUUGGCGGAGUAUAUUACGUUUAUCCUGGAGCGUCCCACAACCGCUUUGAACACAGCAUUGGGGUGGCGUACUUGGCUGGAGAACUUCUCCAGACUCUCAAAGAGAAGCAGCAAAAACUCAGAAUUGAUGAGAGGGACGUCCUUUGUGUGCAGAUUGCUGGACUUUGCCAUGACCUGGGACAUGGACCGUUUUCCCACAUGUUUGAUCUAAUGUUUAUACCCAAAGCACGUCCUGGAUAUGACUGGAGCCAUGAGAAGGCAUCUCAAAACAUGUUUGACCAUCUAGUGGAAGAAAAUGGCUUGAUAGGAGUCAUGGAGCACCACGGCCUGGUGCCGGAAGAGGACCGGCUCUUUAUAAAGGAACUGAUCGAUCCUCCAAAAGUUGAAGAAAUUACUGAGUGGCCACAUCAUGGCCGACCCAGAGAGAAGGCCUUCCUCUAUGAAGUUGUGUCCAACACCAGGAACAAGAUUGAUGUGGAUAAGUGGGAAUAUUUUGCGAGGGACUGCCAUCACCUGGGUAUGAAGAACAACUUUGACUGCCAUCGCUUGAUUAAAUUUGCCAGAGUGUGUGAAGUUGAUGGGAUGAUGCAGCUCUGUUACAGAGACAAGGAGGUGUUCAAUCUGUACAACAUGUUCUACACAAGGUUCUCUUUGCACAAAAGAGCCUACCAGCAUAAAGUGGCCAACAGCGUAGAGUGGAUGAUCAGAGAUGCUUUUCUAGAAGCAGAUCAGCACAUGGAGAUCAAAGGCCAUGAUGGGAAGACGUUCACCCUCUCCACAGCUAUUGAUGACAUGGUGGCAUACACUAAGCUGACUGAUGCUAUAUUUGAUCAGAUAUUGAAUUCCUCUUCCGAGGAGCUUCAGAGGGCAAGAGAAAUACUGGAAAGGAUGAUGCGAAGAAAGCUCUACGUGUGUCUGGGGGAUUUUUCAUCCCAACAACCUCAGGCCAUUAUUGAAGCUCAAUGGAACAAACAUCUCAGAGGGGGAAACCCAGACGAUUAUGUAGUGGAAUUAGUCAAGUAUAACUAUGGAAUGGGGGCAGAAGAUCCAAUAAAACAUGUGAGGUUCUACAACAAGCAAAACACGGAUGAGGCCAGGCCCAUCAACCGAGCUCAGGUAUCUCUACUUCUUCCAGAGCACUUUGAAGAGAAGAAAUGUAGAAUCUACACGAAGAGAACAAGUAAUGAGGAUCUGGAGGCUGACAGAAAGAUGUUUAACACAUUUGGCCCUGCACAACCACAUCAAGCCUGAGGAAGUAAUCAUGGCACCUACUGUGAAACCUCUGAAACCAGGUUGGCAUAACCACAGAACUUGAAAGAAAUGCAUUUUAUUCUUUAUUCUUGUCAAUAAGUAUAACCAUGCACAAAUUUAAAUGGGUUUGUAAAAGUGCAAACAAACUUUUUGCAUUUAAAAAGGAUUGUAAGUUAAUCAUAUGGAUUUUUUUUUCUUAAAGGUGAAGGUUUUGAUUAACAUAGACAAUAUUUACAUAUUAAGAAAUACAGUGAAAAAGAUACUUUUGAAACUUUAUUCAAAUAUUUGAUUUAUCAUUUGUGAUUCUUCUGUUAUUUUUGGGUGUUUGGUUUAAGGGUAUAUGAUUUAUUAGUUUUAUUCAUACUUAAUUAGUUUUGGUAAAUUACGUUUGUUGUCAUCACCUUCCAGGUCGGUUGACAUUACAAAUAUGUCUUUGGGUAUCAUUUAAAUAAAAUAUUAUUCUUGACUAAAUGUAUAUUAGUGCCAUUCAAUCUGGACUUGAAUGUGAAAAUUUUCUCACAAGUGGUGAGAAUGUAAUCAUUUUAAUAAACUUGUUUUAAAAUAAAA